GAGCGGUGCGGACGGAGGUGGCUGGCCCAUAUCAUGCGACGCAGCGAGCAGCAGCGUCCUCCAGUGCGCGUGACGUGUGUGUGUGUGUCAGCGUGCGUGCGGCAGUGUCAGUGCGCGCGAGUGUGUGUGUGCGAGGACCGGUCAGUGUGUGCGUCCGUGCGUGACAUUCAGUGCGUGCAUGGAAGCGAGUGUGAGCAAGACGACUGACCAUCGAUCGCCAUGACCAGUAUUUGGAUUACCUGUGCCAUUUCGGCGGCGGUGCUGUGGCUGUCGACGCGCGCCUACGACGGCUACUCGGCCUGCCCCAAGCAGUACCGCAGCUUCCGACACCACGUGCAGCUCCCUUGCAACUUCCACGAGCAGUCCUGGUGCACUGUGCCCGGCUCGGCGUACCCCUGGCACGCGGUGCGGCGCUUCGUCCACGAGAACCACGGCCUGAUGCGCCGCAUGUACGGAGACGAGCGCCACAUUUCCGUGCUGCGCGCCGAGAUCGAGUCCAACGACGUGGAGCUGGUGCGCGACCCGGGCUGGCACCUGGAGGAUGACGUGAAGCGCCGCUACUCGGCCAAGCCGCACUUCCGGCCCGCCAACCGGAACCACCAGCAGCCGCCGCCGCCGCCACCUGAGCCCCGGACCACCACGACCACGACCACGAGCUCCCCGAGCACGGCCUCCACCUCGCCGACCACGGCCUCCUCGACGACCACCUCCUCCACAACCCCGUCCACCACCACAUCGACCUCCACGACGACCUCCGCGGCCGCCACCACGACGGGCACCCCCGCGACGUCCACGCCGCUGUCCGAGCCGCUGGGACUGUACAACGGCAGGGUCCACCCCCACCUCGUCAACGCGUCGAUCCUGACCAGUACCUCUCCUCGGCCGCCGUCGAGCUCGUCAUUCGCGUCGACGGCGACCUCGCCUGCCACCUCGCCCACGACGCCCUCCACCUCGGCGGACACGACCGUGGAGGACUGGGCCACCGAGGAGACCACCAUGACGACCAUGUCGAGCUCCAUGCCCAGCCCCAGCCCCAGCGCGGCGUCCACCACGUCCUCGACGACGACCUCGGCCUCCACCUCGACGAGCACGGAGCUGCCCGAUGAGGAGGUAAGGCCGUUUCCAUGGAAACCACUCGUGCGACCGUUGGCCUUUGCCCCGCACUGUACUGACGUGACUCUGUUAUCCGUGCGGGACCUCGCGCUGCGGCGCGUGCAGCUGGCCGACGUGGAGGACAACGUCGCCGACGAGCCGGACGGCGACGCGGACGGCGAUGGCGACGGCGAGGCCUCGGGGCCCGCGUCUUCGGUGCAGGAGACGCUCUUCCAGGACGCCGACCACCUGCCCGGGCCGGACGCGGCGCAGCAGCCCAGCAAGCCGGCCACGCCGCUCAUCAAGCUCCGCGGCGUGAACGCGUGUCCCGUCAAGGAAGAGGUGGUGGCGCCCUUCUGGGCCAACAACACCCGCGGGGAGGUGCUGGCCCUGCUCAACCUGUACCCCUUCGAGCAGUACGUCCACUGGGAGAAGUGCACGCACGAACACAAGCAAAUGUUCUGCAGGGAAGGGUGCCGCUGCGAGCAGCAGUACCGCCUGCACCGCCUGCUGGCGUACGACCCCAACAACGAGUGCCGGGGCAUCUUCUCCGACUGGUUCAAGUUCCCGUCGUGCUGCAUCUGCAGAUGCUACGACCUGCCGGCGGAGUUCCGCUUCACCUCGCGGAGCCCCCGCACCCCCGUGCUGCGCGCCGCCGCCGCCCCCGCCUACGGGUCACGGCGGUCGCGGCCUAGCCCCGCCGCCGCCCCCGUCAACGACUGGUACCGCCUGCAGGCGAGCAGCGGAGGGUAGGGCCCGGAGUGCGUGCUCAACGUUCAAGGUGUUCAAGGCGAGCAGAAAGAAUCAUCUUUCAGACGGGUGUCACCACCCUGCCGCGCAGCGACCAAAUUCUUAGGAGGUGGACAUAUGCAGUCCCGGUUUUAACGAUGAAUGAGGAGCAAACAGGCUUUUCCAAAGGUGGUAUUUGAACCCACGCCGAUUCAUUUUCUCACAUUUUGUUGGAGCAGUGACACCUUUCACUUUCAUUUAUUUAUGUAUUAUUUGAUUUUGUCUGUUUUCACCUCACUGACCAAACUGCUGUCAAAAAAGUAGAGCAAAAAAACAAUGAGUUUGUCGUUUGUUCGGCUUUUGUUCUUUUUUUUAGAGGAAGGAACACUUUGAAGGAUUUAAGAUAUUGGACUCGUCGAUUAAAAGAUCUCACAGGGAUGAAAAUUAAUUCAUCUUGGGAGCAAAUCCCUCAAAAAAUUUCGACAAGACCGGAUUUUGAUAAAGUCAUUUUAAGAGUACCGCAGCAACCUUAAAUGGUUCCAGAGCUCUAAACGCCACAACAUUGUGCCAUCAGCAGGAGUCGAGUCUUGAUGCCACAGUAAUCCGGUAAAUGUUGUGUGACUGAUUCAUAUCUCACAUCACAUAAUGUAGUUUAGUUGUUUAGCUUAGAGUUUGACUGAUCUUUGUCUAGUUUAAGAGAGCUCGAAUGAGCUAAGUGAUAAUAGUUGACUUUGUAAUGUUGGAAAGACACAAUACUUCAGAAUAAUUAGGAAUAACAAUUCCCAUAUCAUUUGCAGCAGUACUUCCCUCAGGUGCUAUUUGGAAAGUUUUCGUCACCAAAUGCGCUUAUAGGGCCAAUAAAUUCAUUUAGUGUAUUUUUAUUGCCAAAUAAUUAUUAGACUCUAACUCGAUGUGCUGUUGCCCAACACAAAAGCAUAGAAACAAGAAUCAUUCAUUCAUGUGAUGAUCUUUUCUAAUCCAAGGUUGACUAACUAUAUUAAUAAUUAGACCAAAAUCAGUAUUUAACUAUACAUUGCUUGUUAUGGUGCAAAGCACUAAAUUGAUUAUUUAUAUCCUUAUUGUUCAUAUUUAUUGAUUUUAGAUAUGUUUUAAAUUAAACUAUAAUGUGGUAUAUUUAUGUGUUCAGAGCUGUCAAUAUAUGUGGAGAUCAAAAAUAAACAUAAGUAAAGCUAUUAAAGUGUGCAAAGUAAAAACAAAAACCUUCCUUUUUUGU